CAGAAUCCCCAUUACACGCAGCAGGAAGAAGAGAAUCUCUCGACCCCUCCCGUCGAAAAAGCAAGAGGCAUAAAAAAAUAAAAAGAAAAUUUUCGGAGCUUUUAUCGAUCUUCUCCCCUCCCAGGCGGGAAUCGAAUCGUCUGCUUUCGCAUUCGCCCGUUGCUUUGCAGAUCUCGAGCGACGUCAGGCGAUCGUUCUUCUUCUUCUUCUUUUCCCCGUCGGCGAGUUCCGGCGAUCGGGAGUCCGUCGCUGCAAGUUUUCCUCCGGAUCUUCGGUGCGGCGGGCGCGCCGCUCGUCCGUGCUCGUUGCCGUCCGAGCCUCGAGGUUUACCUGGACUUAGCUUCUGGAAAUUGAAACGGUACAGUGUGUGGAGCUUGGUGGAACGAGGAAGUUUCCGUUUUGGAGUGAGUGUGUUGAUUGGGUGUUGGUAUUUGAGAAUGGGUAGAGGAAUUUAUUGGGGUGCGAUGUCCAGUCCGAGAUGUCUCGUUUUAGAAUGAAGACCUAGUAGUUUGGAGAAUGGCUGAGGAUGGUGAAUUCGGCGCAUUGCUUCCUAGGUGGAAGAACCUUGGCAGGAUAGAAUUGGCCGAGUCCCAUCUCCUCUUCCUUUCAUGCUUCAUUGGCGGCUUAGUGGGGAUAUGUACUAUACUGUACACGGCUUUCCAAUGGAGACGGAACAUCAAUUUAAGUUGGAUGAAAGCCAUAGCCAAAUCGAAAAAGAAUCCAAAGUCCAGGCAAAAGGUCCCCCAGGCUCCUCAUAAAUGGACAUCAGAGGCCAUUGCGCGUGGUUCGAACUGUUCUGUGUGUCUGAAGUCCAUGUCUACUUCCCAGGCGCUGGGCUCUGUGGUUGCUUCAGACAGUUCCAUCUAUCGAUGCAGCGCUUGCGGCACAGCUGCUCAUUCAAGCUGCUCCUCAGCAGCUCAUAAGGACUGCAAGUCCGUGUCAAUGAUUGGGUAUGACCAUGUGAUUCACCAAUGGACUCUGCUGUGGGCUGAAUUAACAGAUCAUCCAGAGGAAUCAUUUUUUUGUAGUUAUUGCGAAGAGCCAUGCAGCGGAUCGUUUCUUGGUGGAUCCCCCCUGUGGUGUUGCCUUUGGUGUCAAAGACUUGUGCACGUUGACUGCCACAAUAGUGUAUCCAGUGAUAUUUGUGAUUUAGGCCAAUUUAGAAAACUGAUUCUAUCCCCUCUUAAUGUUAAAGAACUGAGCAACAGUGCCUCUGGUGGAUUUUUUAGCUCAAUCACUCAUGGGGCCAAUGAGAUUGCGUCUACAAUGCGGGCAAGUAUUGGGACUCGAAGAAAGAAGUCAAAGCACGGAAGCGGAUCUUCCACUAAUACUGGAAAUAGUGUGAGUAGUGGUGACACAACAGCUGAAAGCACUGCUGAUACAAGUUCGUUGACAGAUUUUUCUCAGAAGAUUGGAAACAAUUGCAGUGAGGAAGUGGACACUAAUGUUUCUCUUCAAAAUGGUAAAGUUGAUGAAGAGUUGCAUGGAGAACCCAGUUCCACAAGUAGACCAACAACUGAUCAGAAAGAUGAUGAUCUGAUGAUAGGCAUGAAACAAAGAUACGUAUUAAUUGAUUUGCCUCCGGAUGCAAGACCUCUUUUAGUUUUCACCAAUAAAAAGAGUGGAGCUCAGCGGGGAAACUCUCUUAGACAACGAAUGAACAUUCUUCUCAAUCCUGUUCAGGUCUUUGAGUUGAGCUCCAAACAAGGACCAGAAGUUGGUCUUCAUCUAUUCAGGAAGGUGCCUCAUUUUAGAGUCCUUGUGUGUGGGGGAGAUGGCACCGUAGGCUGGGUUCUUGAUAAGAUUGACAUGCAGAAUUUUGAUUCUCCUCCUCCGGUAGCUAUUCUUCCAGCAGGAACUGGAAAUGAUCUGGCCAGGGUAUUGUCUUGGGGAGGUGGAUUAGGCUUAGUGGAGAGACAAGGAGGUCUAUUCGCCUUGUUAAAUGAGAUAGAGCAUGCUGCAGUUACUCUUCUUGACCGAUGGAAGGUAUCGAUCGUUAAUCAACAGGGCAAACAACUUCAAAAACCCAAGUUUAUGAACAAUUAUAUCGGAAUUGGUUGUGAUGCAAAGGUUGCUUUGGACAUACAUAAUUUGAGAGAGGAGAACCCAGAGAAGUUCUACAAUCAGUUUAUGAACAAAGUUCUUUAUGCAAGAGAAGGUGCCAAGAGUAUGAUAGACCGGACACUCGCAGAUUUUCCUUUUCAAGUUCGCCUUGUCGUAGAUGGCGUUGAGGUAGAAGUCCCUGAGGAUGCAGAAGGUGUGCUUGUAGCCAACAUCAGAAGCUACAUGGGCGGUGUGGAUCUAUGGCAAAAUGAAGAGGAAGCUAGUGAUAACUUUGAUCCACAAUCUAUGCAUGAUAAAAUACUAGAGGUCGUGAGCAUAUCAGGAACAUGGCAUCUUGGGAAGCUUCAGGUGGGUCUUUCACGUGCACAAAGGCUUGCUCAAGGGCACUCAAUUAAGAUACAGCUCCUUGCAGCAUUACCUGUUCAGAUUGAUGGGGAGCCCUGGUUUCAACCACCAUGUACAUUGGCAAUAUCCCAUCAUGGACAGGCCUUCAUGCUGAGAAGGACGGCCGAGGAGCCUCUUGGUCAUGCAGCUGCCAUGAUCGCUGACGUUCUUGAGAAUGCGGAGAUCAAUCAAGUGAUCAAUUCCUCACAGAGGCGAGCCCUUCUUCAAGAAAUGGCGCUGAGGCUAUCAUAAAAUUGUUCCACUAAUGUGCAUCGGAAAGGGCGUUCUUGUACAUAACACGGUAGCUUUAGAAAAUCCAUUAUUAUUUCUGCCAUGUCAAUAGCUUUUCUCACAUGUUUGUGUGUAUCAUCUCAUCAAUGUACCACAAUUUUUUGUGUUCUUGCAGUUCAAACCUGCUCAUAAAAAGAUUAUACUUAACACGUCCGACAAGAUCCGAAUGAAACGCAGUACCAUCA